AUGACAGCGAUCAGAAGUAGCACCAAUUACUCUGCUAGCUCACCUACCAUCCCACCCCCGCCACCUUCUCCAGGAAGACAGCGCACCAUUUCGAAUCUCAAUCUUCGCUCACCAAAGAUCCAAUCUUCACCUAUCCUCCUUCAUCCCCUCCCACCUACCUCAUCACUGAACAAGGAAUCGGUCUAUGCAUCUGAGCUAGAGCUAGACAAGCAGAUAAGGCAAGUUAAGAAAGAAAGACAAUUACAAGAGGCAUUGCAGGAACAGCUAUUUAGUGCUGAAAGACUCAAAGUCAAGGAAGAGCAAGGUACUUGGUCAUCUAUUCAACAAGAUAAUCUCAAAGGUAGAACCGAUGGGAGGGGAAGAGGAGAUUCAUGGGGUCAUUCGAAAGGGUUCACUCACCCACCUCAAGCGUAUGAGUUGUAUAAAGCUAUAGACGACCAUAAUAUCGAUUUUAUCAUGAGGAUCAGGGAUCAUGAUUUUAAUCUCCUGCUGCAGAAGAAUGGUAAUGAGUUUCCGAUAUUGUAUGCUACGAGAUUAGGAGAGAGAUGGAGAGAUGUGGUGAUUCUGUUGGUGGGAGCUCUUUCUAGGUAUGUGAACCACCUCGAUCCAGAAGAUUUCGAGAAGAAGGAGACUCUGAGGACGUUAAAAGCUCUUCGUGCCAACUUGAAACUGGCGAUCGACCAUACCCUUCUCCACCUUCCUCCCGGCCAUUCCCCCAUGUUACUAUCAUCUUACCUCCAAGUCCUUAUAAUGUCAGAAGGCGAUUCCUUCCUUUACAAAUCCAUACACGAGAUAUCCCUCUUACUCCGCUCAUCAACAUCGGCCAGCGCAGUAGCGGGCAAGAAUGUCAAGCCUGUGAAAGAGGCUGAGAACAUCAUACGUAAAUUCUGCACAAAGGAAUUGAGAGGAGUGAAAGGUGGGAUCGGCGAUGUGGAAGAGUACAUUGCGAAUGCUACGUUAGAUCUGGUUAUUAUGAGUGCAUGGAGUUUGGUAAAUGCAGGACAACCAUUACCUACACAUACGUUUGCUAGAGACCUACGAACUUAUUCUACUUUCAUGGAGCAUCUCCAAGACGAUACCAACCUAUCUUCCAUCAAUAAACUGAAUCCCCGUAUACGUAAGAUAUUGUACACCCUGAGGGACCUAGCAGGAGAUAGUAAGAAGAGUGUGAGAGGGAGGUUGAAAGAUGUUCAGAUUGCUUUAGACGGGGAGUGA